CGAUAACAUCUUCCGUCCGCCGCCGAUGGAAGAAUCCACGUCGUUCCCGCCCAUCAAGCCCUCCAGUUUCGAUCUCAUCGUGGUCGGCACCGGCCUUCCACAGUCCAUAUUCGCAUCCGCCGCGUCCGCCGCCGGAAAAAGGGUUCUUCACCUCGAUCCUAACCCCUUUUACGGCAGCCACUCGGCUUCCCUCCCCCUCGACGACCUCGUCUCCUUCCUUAAAACCCACUCUGAAUCGCAAACCCAAUCCCGGUCAGAAGCCCAACCCCUACUUCAAAUCUCCUCCGGCGAUGGUAAUGGUGUUUCUAUCCCUCUAUUGACCCGACCACUGUAUUCCAGUGUGGAGAUCAACUCCUACUCCUCCGACCUCAUCGAAGCUUCCAGAAGAUUUAACCUUGACUUGGCGGGUCCUCGGGUUUUCCUCUGCUCCGACUCCAUGAUUGAUUUGAUCCUCAGGACGGACAUUAACCAGUACAUGGAGUUCAAGGCCAUGGGGCCUGCUUCUUGAGCGACGCUGAGGGUAAAUUGGAGAAUGUGCCAGACUCCCGCAGCGCCAUCUUUAAAAAUCGCACCUUGUCCCUGCCUGAGAAAAACCAGUUGAUGAAGUUCUUCAAGCUUGUGCAGGGGAAUUUUGGGAAUGAUAGUGAGGGAGAUAAGAUUUCUGAAGAGGAUUUGCAGAGUCCCUUUGUCGAUUUCUUGACGAAAAUGGGGCUAUCGGAGAAGCUAAAAUCGAUAAUAUUAUACACAAUAGUGAUGGCUGAUCAUGAUCAGACAAACGUGGAAGUUUGUAGAGAUGUUAUGGACACUAAAAGUGGAAUUAAUGGAUUGUCACUUUACCACUCGUCCAUUGGCAGGUUUCCAAAUGCAAAUGGUGCUAUAAUAUACCCCAUUUAUGGUCAAGGGGAACUCCCUCAAGCCUUUUGCCGCCGUGAUGCUGUGAAGGGGUGCAUUUAUGUUUUGCUAAUGCCGGUAGCUUCUGUGCUCAUGGAUAAGGAUGGUGAUACAUAUAACGGUGUAAAAUUAGGUUCCGGUCAGGAGUUAUUCAGCUCUCAACUGAUUCUUGAACCGCAUUUCACAAUCCCAUCAACUUUAACCCCUACUGGACAAGUGUCAGCUUCUCACGAUGCUAAUCUCUCUGAUACCAAAGAGAAAGUUGCCCGGGGAAUAUGCAUUACCAAGAAUUCAGUAGAUCCAGGAGUUGCUAAUUGCUUAGUGUUCUUCCCUCCCAGAUCUUUGUAUCCAGAACAAGUUACGACUGUCCGUAUACUCCAGUUAAGUUGCAAUGUGGCUGUUUGCCCAUCAGGGAUGUUUGUGACUUAUCUGUCAGCAAAGUGUGGUAAUGCUGUAGAAGGGAAGAAAUUACCGAACGAAGCCAUAAAUGCACUGUUCUGUGUGUCUGUAUCAAUGAACUCUGAGAACAGUGAGAAGGAAAAUUUACAUGAGCAUACAGUAGGAAAACCAUGUUUGCUUUGGAGCGUUCUCUAUUUCAAGAAAUAUAUCCCAAAUGAAGAUUUUUUCCCAAGGAUUGACCCAACUGAUGAUGAUAUUUGUGCUGAUGGUGGCUCAUAGAGAAAUAAGAACUGCUCUUUUUAACUAUGUUGAUGGGAUUAUAGCCCAUAUUUAGAUUGGUUGUUUUGUAUUCAUGCAUUUUUUUUUUUUUUUAUAAUGUGAGCAACAAGCUCAAGCAAUGUGACACUGCCAGUGUCAGGUUUAACUUAUUAAGGCUACAUUUGAACAGGCAACAGUCAUACUUUUUAAAUAGAUAUGCGUAUUCAAAUUGAAAUGUAAUACUGUAUGAAACAAUAUAUAAACAAAAUUAUGAUAUUUCACUACAUAGUUAUGCAUUUC